UGUAUCUUUGUCACUUCACUGAACAAUAACGGUAGCUUGUGGGAAAAUUCGAAGUUCGUUGACCGGCUGUGCAUUAAAGUAUUAACAAAUAAACGUUUUAAUCAUGCUGUAUUGUUUGGCGGUUGUAUAAUUUUUUUUCCGGCUAAAGUAGUUAGUCUGCAUUUUAAAUUAUACAAGUGUUUUAUACGUUUUUGUUAUUACUUUGAAGGGAAGUUACUAAACGAAGCGUUGGCUGCAUUGUUCUACUAGACGAAAUGGCGGACAUCAGCAAAGACGAGCUUCGUAAAGAAGUGACCGCUAUUUUGAAGGAUGCCGACCUGUCUACGAUAACUGCUAAAAAAAUUCGGCAGCAGCUUGAAAAGAAACUGGAUGUGGAUCUCUUGAGCAGGAAGAAAGAGUUUGACGAAAUAGUGUUAGAAUGCAUGGAGGAGAAGGAAAAGAAGGGUAAGGACUCGAAGAAGAAAAAGAAGGAAGAUGAUGAUGAAGAGGACGAGGAUGCGGAGGAAGACGAGGAAGAGGAGGAGGUAGCGGAGGAUGAAGACGAGGAGGAGGACGAGGUGGAAGAGGAUGAGAAGCCAAAGGCAAAGAGGGGAAGCAGUUCCAAGAAGCCCGUGGCGAAGCGGUCGAAGAAAGGAAGCAGCGAGGAGUCCGAAGAAGGCUCAGAAGAGAACGUGAGCGACGAGGAGUACAGCCCGAAGAAGGGCAAGGCGGUGGCGAAGAAGAGCAAGGCGGCGGGCAAGAAGAAGAAGAAGGGCAGUGACAGCGACAGCGACGAGGACUGGGCCCGGUCUCGCAACAGCAGGGGCGGGGGCGGCGGCGGCGGUGGAGGGGGGGCCUCCACCAAGAAGGCAGGCGGCAAGAGGGGCGGAGGGGGCAGCGGCUACACCAAGCCGCACGCGCUCAGCGCUGAGCUGGCGGCCAUCGUGGGCCAGGACACCAUGGCCCGCCACGAGGUGGUCAAGAAGAUCUGGGCUGUCAUCAAGGAGAAGAACCUCUACGACCCAAAGAACAAACAGUUUGCCAUUUGUGAUGAGCCAAUGCAGAAGGUUAUAGGCCAGAAACGUUUCCGCAUCUUUGGGAUGAUGAAGUAUCUGAAGAAUCAUUUUGUUGACUAACUUGUCUCCUGCAAGUUGAAUUUUAUCAUUAUGGGACAGAAAUGCAAAAUUCAUUCUUUUACUAAUAUGAUUUUGUAAUGUGUUGGUACAAGUUAAGUGUGUAUAAAUACCUAAAAGUAGAUUAAUGUAAGUGCUUUUGAACAAGAAACGUAUUUCAGACUCCAAUUUGGAUGAGGUAAAAAAUACCUUGAGAUGUUUCACUGCUGCUUGCGUGGCAGUGGCAGUAGUGCAGUUUCUAGCACUUAUGUUUGUUUUUUUGUAUUAUGAAGACAAGGCUGCCCAAUGGUAUUAUUUACAUACACCUAAGGAACCAUAAUGACUUCAGUUGUGUGCACGGUAUCUAAGAUGUCAUAGUACAAGAUGAUGUACCUUUAAUAUCUCUGUUGGUAUAUUUGUGUUUGUACAUUUGAAAAUGCCAGGUCUGGUUUUCUUAAAUUUCUUUAUGAAAUGUGAAGGUUCCUGUGUUGGGAAUUUUUGUCAUUUUUCUACAUCAUAUUUUGUAGUACAAAUUUUGUUUGCAUUGUAUGUAGUGUUGCGCUAUAUAUAUUUUUUAUUUUAAAGCUAAAUUUGAAAUGCACAUAACAGUUGUGUGUUAACUUUGUGUACUGUGGUUAGAACUUUUUUUUGUAACUUUUCCUUUGUUUUAGCAAGCAGUUUAGGGUAGACGAAACCGUUGUGAAUUCCCGUUAGGUCAGUCGGUAGCGAUGUAGCAUUGUUUCAACAUAACUUUUAUAUUCACUGUUACAACAUGUCGGCAUAGCUUUGUAGACUCUUGGCAGUAAGGAAUGGUUGAAAUGUGUAUUGACACCCUUGGUAGAAGCACUUGGAGCUUUUUAUAAACAUUUAUCUCUGCCGAGUACAUUGUACUGGAUUGUAGUAAUACAGUACAUACUUAUUUUUUUUUAAAUUUUAAGAAUACCAUAAUUUUUUUUUUUAACAAAUUGCACAUAUACUAUCUCUAUUCCUGAACACAACUGAAGCGGUAGUUACUGAAGAUAUUUUUUUAACUAACUAGCAGUUUUGGCUGAAACAGUUUGAAAUAGUAGUUUCUUCUAAUUAAAGGUAGUGUUUCAAUGCACACAGACUGGCUAUGAUUUGCAGUACAUACUCGGUUUGUUAGCUAGAAGGACAUACUCCUGAGAAGUGUUUUGAAGUACUUUAUAUAUAGCUUGCCAUGCCUCCAUGUUUAUACAGCUCUUGCACUUGUGUUUAUGGCCACAUGAGUUCUUGCCUAUGAGUUUUUGUAGGUUUUGACGGACCAACAUUAAACCAUUCUGAAUAUUGUGCAGCUGAAUUAAAACCAAAAUAUUUGUUCCCGUUCUGAAUUUUGUUCCAUUGGUGUAAUUAAAAGUAGGUAAAAAUGUCUUCAUGUUCUGUGAGGUGUUAAUAGAUUAUUACAAUGUUUCGAUUUAAAUUAUUACGUGAAUGUUGCAGUAUGUACAUUUGACGUGGAAAUUAACGUUCAAAAAUAUUGACUUUUGAGUGUUAAUGGACACACGUUCAAGCGAGUUCUACCCAACUGCUGUGAGGUGGUGAUGCGACUGUCAACGGAUGUCGUCAGCAGUUGUGCUACGCAUCACAUCUUUUCACCGACCAUCUCCGUUUGUCUCGUGUAACAGUGGUUUCUUUGUGCUGAGAAACAGACAUUCUUUUGGACUUGAGUGUGAGUGGUACAGUUGCAUAUAUUGUAGAAAACAUUUUUAAUCUUCGUAAUGAGUAAUAAAGAAUCUUCGAAAAUA